AUGGUCGAAUCAGUCCCCAUUGAUACGUUUCUUCGAGAGCUCAAAAUAUACUAUAGCCGUUCAACAACAUUGCCUCUCUCUCUAAUCACCAUUAACAAUAUAAACUUCAAAAUUGCUGCCCGCGCACUUUUGUACAGCCUUGUGAUAAGUUCAAAAAUGUACCGUAGAAUCCGAUCGGAACAUCGCCGUGGAAAUCACUUCGUUUUAUUCAAUGCUAGUUAUAAAUCCAAAACUUGUUGGUACAUUGGGGCGGUGCUUUUUUACUUCGAGCACAACAACACCUCCGAUCCUCAAAAUGCACAAUUCUUGGUUUUUGUUGAAGUAAUGAAAGAACAUUACGCUGCCGACUAUGACAAUACUAUACCGAUGAUAAAAAUGAACAGCGAUAGUGCAACAACAAGACAUGCUGUGAUCAGCCUCAACGACGUCCAACAUCAAGUAGGUUUGGUCCAGUCAUCACCCAAUUCACUUGAAUAUAAAGUUGUUUCACCAUACAAGAUCUUCAACGAAAACGCUGUAGUUUUAGUUACAGGUGAAUCAUAUGGAAGGUAUACAAAGCUUAAAAAAGGACUAGUACUUCCUUCGGAAGUACAAAACUCUAUAAACGGUGAUUUUGCAAGCAGGGAGGUUAAGAACAACUUACUAAAUGUUAAGGCGUAUUGUCAAUUAAAGAUCGAGCAUCUCAUGGCACCUUCGAGAAUCUUGUUAUUGACGAGCGAUCAUAUCAUUGGAUUGUAUUAUCUGGAAUAAAUAUAUGACUAUUGUUUUCUAUAUGUUGAUGAGUAAACAAUGCGUAGUAAAUAGAGUGUAAUAGCAUGUAUUUGAUUUAAAGAGUAAUGCAAUAAUGAUUUAUAGAAAGGUUAUCAAAUAAGAAAGAAAGAAUUGAUGAUAGAGUUAUAUCUGUAUAUAAGCUCGAUCACAACAGUUA